CCACCAUCCGAUCUUAUGGACCGCGUCCACCGAACCGCGCAGACAAGUAGUGUCAACACCGAAGACACAUCCCGAUACACCGCGUCCAUGCAGCAGAACUCCUUUCCCCUCCGCCCUUCCCUCUCCAGCUCCCUCCCGCCACGAGCCCCUUAUCCUCCAACGGCCAACGAUCACCCCGGCAUCCUCCCGCCCAUGUCCGCCGCGGCCGAUGACCGCGCGCGCCGCGCCGCCGCGUUCCGCCCCGCCCCGCUCCCUCCGCCUGCGCAGAAGCAGCAGCUCUCCGGCGUGGCCGCCGCCGUGCUCGACGCCGGGGGACGCCUGGGCCGCGCCGUGGGCGACGUCUUCCGCCGCCUCCGCAUCGACGACACCUUCUACUCCGGCGGCGGCGGCGGCGGCGGCGGCGCGCCGAAUCGGAGCUGGCGCGACGCCGGGAACAAUGGCGGGAGGCCGGCGGCCGCCGGAGCCCCGGCUGCGGCCAGCAGGGAGGAGGCCACAGGCGGCGGCGCCUCCUCCGGGCGGUUCGCGCGGGCGCAGGGGAGCAUGAACCUGUCGGCGACGUACGACAGCAGGACGCACGACGUGGAGAGCUCGGUGGUGGCCAGAGGCGACCUGUGGCGCGCGGAGGCGUCGCACAGCAGCAGCAGCAGCGCCGGCGCCGGCGGCAAUGGAGCCAAUAACAACCUGUUCCUCGUGCAGCUCGGUCCUGUCCUCUUCGUCCGCGACACGACGCUACUCUUCCCGGUGCACCUCUCCAAGCGGCACCUCAUCUGGUACGGAUUCGAGCGCAAGAACGGAGUGCACUCGGUCUGCCCCGCGUACUGGUCGGCCCACAAGAGAUGGUUCUUCAUGUCCAUGCUAUGCCUGAACCCGUUCGCUUUUUCGUUCAUGGACAUGCAAUUCCCAAACGGGCAACUGAGGUACGUCGCCGGCGACGGCUUCACGGCGCGUGCUUUCCUGCCCCUCCGUGGCGGGGUCUUGCAAGCCCACGGAAAGUUCCCGGGGGAGAAGAGGCUCAGCUUCUCUUUCAAGAACAGGAAUGGCGGCAGCGUCGUCCCGAUGGUUCAGUGGCCGGAUAAGUCACUCUCGGUGGGGGUCGUCCAGGCGUUGUCUUGGAGGAGAUCCGGCCUGAUGCUGCAGCCAGCAACACAGAUCAGCAUAUGUCCUACGAUCGGCGGGCGCCAUCCUGGGGUGUGCGUGGAGCUGAUCCACUCGGCGGACGACAACGUCGGCGUAGUCUGCGGCUACUCCCACACCGCUUCUUCCCCUGCUUCCGCAUACGCCUCCAUAUCGAUCGGAAGGUCGAAGCUGAACGGCGGAGCGGCAAGGUCAGGGUUAGCGUUCAGAGUAGACGCUCCACUACUCCACGGUUUUGGCCGGCCAUGGUUCUCGGUCCAGAUGAACAGCGGCAUCGAGUUCUGAUUCCCCACUGUCUUGCCGUUGCCAUGACUGAACGAACGAACUUACUGUACAGUAGUUGAUGUUGUGUAUAAAGCUUGACGACGACUCACUGAUGCCAUGAGUAUACGCAGUAAACGCUACAACACUAUAUGUUUGGUCGCUGGCUAACUUAUCAUAAUAUGUCUAUUUUUUAUUGAGAAAUUAGACAUUUUCUAAA